UUUUCCAUUUCUAUACCAAAUCCUAUAUCAAUUCCAAAACCAAAACCAAGCCAAAGCCGGGUAGGAGCAACAGAUUCAAAAUGUCGGACUCGGAGUCGAUCUGUCACAAGUGCAAUGAGGUCAUACAGCAGCGCAUCAUUACGGCUCUGGGCAAGACCUGGCAUCCGGAGCACUUCGCCUGCAAGGACUGCCAGAAGCCCAUCACCGAGGCCACCUUCAACAUACAGAACGGAGAGCCGGUGUGCUCGGACUGCUUCGUGAGCAACUACUCGGGCACCUGUUUCGGCUGCAAGAAACCCAUCCUGGAGCGCACCAUCAAGGCCAUGGAGCAGUCGUGGCAUGAGGAGUGCUUCGUGUGCGCCGGUCCAUGCCAGAAGCCAUUGGUGGGCACCUCGUUCUAUGAGCGGGACGGCCGGCCUUACUGCCGCAUCGACUUCGAGCAGCUGUUCGCGGCGCGCUGUGCCGGCUGCAGCCAGCCGAUAACGGAGAAUGCGAUUGUGGCGCUCAAUGCCAAGUGGCAUCGGGAUUGCUUCAAGUGCAAGAAGUGCCUGAAGCCAAUUACGGCGAGCACGUUCGCCGUGGAGGACAACAAGCCGCUGUGCACGGCCUGCUCGGACUAGGAGGUGGACCAGCGGGUGGCCGGGUGGGCCAGGAGGCAUUACAUUAAUAGAUGUUUCGCUGUAUAUUAUAGAUGUUUAUGGUAUUUGUAGUAUUCACAGUUGUUGAACAAAAAGUUAAAACCUAACGAAAUUCCUUAGAAUUUACUAUGAAGAAAUUCAAAGGUCCAAAUGCUAACAAAGGGUAUAAAAAGCGCUAAGCCACUCUUCCACACACACACACACACACACACACACAUAUACACUCGUCACUUGGUAGGGCUACUCCAGCAAAUGCUUUUUGCUGAGAUAAAGGUAUAUUGUACAUAUAUCUUUCUCAAAUAUUUUUUUUUACUAUUUAUAAAUUGCAUUUGACACGGUAAAUGCAUUUAGAGAAGAACAGCUGCCAGAACUGUCAAGAGUUCGUCACGGCUCUCGAGAAGUGUGGGCGGGGGAGUAACGGUAUAUAUUUAUAUUAAA